AUGCACCACUCAAUUACUACCCUCUUCUCCCUUCUACUCUCCUUCAUCCCCCUUCUCGCACUCCUCCCAACCCUCACCACCGCCGUUCCCGCAUUCGAGGCAGGCUGGCACAUCCUCAACCUCACCCACAUCCCCGUCAGGUCGACCGGGACCGACGUCUGCAAUGGCAGCAUAGGCUUCACACUGGCGAAAGGCAACAGGUUCGCCUCGCGUGUGUGCUCCCACACUUUCAUCGCAUCGACGGACGAGCAGGCCGCGGGCGGGCCAUUCACGUGCAGUGACGACUGGCCGGAUUUUACGUACUACUGGCGUGAGGAUAAUGGUGAUGAUGAUGAGGAACAAUCGACAGGAAUUGCGGCAGCAACGGCAGAGAAGGGAAGUAAUGUGGUGUUGGACAUUUGGUUCGCAAAUCUCGACUGUCGACCCAACGGCGGCGCUGUGUCCGAAUCGGGCAAGCUGACGCUGCCGCCGCCCACGACAACGGGCACCUUCGCCGCCGGCAGCCGCACGUGGAACGACGUCUACGUGGCAGCCGAGACGAUUAGCUCGACAGCGUGGUUCCCCGGGCAGUACGAGGAGGUUUGUUUGAGCGGCUAG